AUGGUAUGUAAUAGUAUCAGUAAAGUUAAGGAACGCCUUUCCAGCCGUUCGGUCAGAUUGUCACUGAACCUGCGCGUGCCAAACGAUCCUUCGUCUACUGUUAUAUCUGCGGUCGGAUGUUUGGGACCAAGUCAAUUGAUAUUCAUCAACCUCAAUGUCUUCAGAAAUGGAGGUUGGAGAACCAGAAACUCCCCAAACAUCAACGGAGAACUGAACCCGUUCAGCCAGAGAUUGUCAGACAUGGUAAGGCUACUGUAGUUUUUCAGCUUAUAAUUGGAUUGAAUAAAUUAAAUAUUUACAUUUUAGCCGAUGGUCAGGUGAAUCAUGAUGCCACAAAUGCAGCCAUGUAUGAGGCCGCCCAGCUCCAACUAGUUGGCUGUGAACAUUGUGGUCGCACCUUUCAACCAGAUCGUUUACCCAUUCAUCAACGAAGUUGUACAGCAGAAAGACCCCAUAAGGGAUUGGUGGGGGCCUUGAAAUCACGGAACUCAUCACCCGCUAGAUACUAG